AAGAGGAAGCACAUGCUGUCUUCUUAGAGCUGUACUUUUCAAAUCUGUUGCAUUUGCAUUAAUAAAAGAAAGCUUGUUUCAGAAACUGAAAGCAUACAGCUAGGCAUUAAUGCAUCGAUGCAAUGCAUGAAAUUUAGACAAUGCAAUUAGACAUUAGUAUGAUGUGGCAUGCAGGUAAUCCGUUCUUUUCAUGGUUUGAGCUGCUGUUGUCCCCGGAUUGAACUGUCAUGGCUGCCGCGCGCUGUUGACUGAUUCUGGUUGGACAGGAGGCGGAAAAGCGCUGGCUCAGUAUGAAUGGGGUCAAAGCCAACCCUGAUGCUCAGGUUGGGAAUGAAACGAGGGACAAUUGGCAUAAACGCCUACGUCUCAGGAAGACCUCUUUUUCGUUCCCUGUGAAACAGGAGAGGAAUGUUACGGCAUGUGGAUGGAAACUAACAGAGAAGUCCAAAAAAUGGCCUCGACGUCUGGAGGCGGCAAACACCUUCACCUGCUCCACGUGCAACGAUGGCAUCUCCUUCAGACCCCGCGAAUUAACAAUGCAUUAUAAGAUCGCCCAUGGAGGCGAAGGAAGCCCCCCGAUGUUUCCAUGCAACAUGUGCAAUUUCUCCUCGCCAGUGUUCACUACGCUUCAGCAGCACCGAAUGCAACACGAGGAUUGUUUGUUCGCUUGUGAGAUUUGUGAUGACGGCGUCCAGCGAACGCUUCCCCAACUGACCAAACAUUGUCAAACCCAGCAUGCUCUAAACGGUCAAUACCACUGUCCGAAGUGCAAACUGUCCGUCUUUGAGAUUAAGCAGUUUGUGUGUCACUCGUGUUGCAUUACUAAUGGCGAUGCACAGAAAGACGAUCUCUUAAAGCACGUGACUGCUGCAUGCCGUCAAAGGUGGAGCCGCAGGAAUUGGUGGAGAAAGCGGCCACACGUCAAGCAAGACAUGUCCCAAGAGUUCAAGUUAUUACGUCCAAAACCAGAAGCGCAAUGGACGUCCCAAUUGCUCCCGUUCUCCACACCCGGUCUACUGGACGACCACGGCGUCUUCGUGGAUCCAGAGAAGACCUUAGAGGAAACGCAGCAGUUUCUCGAGAGGAACAUUUGUAGUGCUAAAAACUGGCCUGUGUGUCUUAAAAGCGAGGAAGCGGCAACAACACCCCAUCCAUCAAAAACGAAUGCGAAGCGAUGCGUCACGCCACACACUGGGAAACAUAAGCUAAGUGGACUCAUGGAGAAAAACAAUAUAUCCAUUCCCCCAGACUGCACUACAAAGGUAAUCGGAGUCAAGAUGUUGGACGGCAAAAAGCAUUUAGUUCUCAAAGUCAUUCCUUCAAACAACCGAGACGCUUCGAAGGAUACUCGCACUGUGAAACCUGCCGAUCAGCGAGACGAAUCCAAAGAUAUUUCAAUCGCUAAUGCCUCAGGAAACCGUUCUCAGGUGACUUUUAUAAAGCCUUCGUCCCAAAGACAGUGUGUAGCACAGCGGGACUUUUUGUCUUCGGUGUUUGAGAGGAUUAAAAGCCAACAAACAGAUGGAUGCAACAAUCAGGAACAUGCACCCGUUGAAGCACAUAUUCAAAGUCCCCGUGCAAAAACAGCGGAAGACUGUCAAGACACAUGCCAAGGAGAUUCAGGAUGCCAUAGUGAUCUGACCUCGGAUGCAAGUUCUUCGGAAGAAAGAUGUAGGUGUUCACGACUCCUUCCAGCGGUGUUUGAUGAAGAACACAAUCUUGCACUGGAUUCAAACUGCAUUAACCAUCAACCAAACACAUGCUCCAUCUCUGGGUCUGAUUGCGUGAGUCCGUCCUCUAGAUCUCCCUUGAAGGAUGGGACUGAGUCUUUGUGUCAAAGUGAAGCAGGGGGCCUGUUAUUCCAUGGCAAUGCUGACGAAUGCACAAACAACAUGGACCCCAGAGAUUCUCUGGUCCCAGUAGAAAGCCUCGCUGCUCCAGACCCGCUUCAUAUGGUGGGUGAGCUGCCUUUAACAACAGCCAUCCAUUUGCUGGAUGAGACGAGAGAGGACUGUACGUUAUCGCCUAACGUCGGCUCUGAUGAACAUCUGAAAGAUUUAACACACGCCGGAGAUACAAGCCAGCGAUCUGAUCCGGUCUCUCUCCCGCCUGAUGUUUCAAACUCUUCCACAUCUGCAUCAGUUUCUGGAUCCAGCUCGUCAGUCGUCCCUCUCGCAUCGCUCAACAGAAAGCGCAUGGUGGAAACGUCCUCGGCUGACCCUCCCAUCAGUAAAUCCCAGAAGCGAUCGGAAGACUCUGUCCUCUUCUGGGAGCCGGUGUCUCGAGACGCUUCGGUGACUCUUCGACUGAUUCCCUUCAGCGAUUCGCAAUCCGUUAAAAUCCCUCGCGACGACCAGCCGGUCAUAGUCCUCAACCAUCCCCACACUGAUAUCCCCGAAGUCACAAACAUCAUGAAAGUGGUUCACAAGCACAAAGGAAAUGUGCAACGUGUCGUACUUUCUCGUAAAACUCUCCGAGCUCUUUCCGAGUUCAACUGCGAAUCCUUUCGCCGUAAUUUCGUCGCUGCUUGCCACGCAUCCCACCGCGGGAGAGAAUGGCCAAACGGGACGGUUAAAGAACGGUUCGGCUUGAAACUGAGGCUGAGAAGAGUGUGUGGAAGAAAGUAA